CAAAAUCUCUCUUCCUCUUCCUCUUCUUCUCCGAAGUCUGAACCAAUGAAACCUCAAUAGUGAAUAGCUUCAGCCACUACUUCUUUCUCAGUCUUUGUCCGUACCAUCACUAACCCUCUAGUCCCCUAUACUCUCUUAAACCCACUUCGAAAAAAAGCAAUGGGGGUUGGAGGUUUAUGGGACUUGCUUAAACCCUAUGCCCGACUCGAAGGCCCAGAUUUCCUGGUUAACAAACGGGUCGCCGUGGACCUCUCCUUCUGGAUCGUCCAGCACGAAACCGCUAUCAAAGCCCGUGUCAGGAACCCACACCUGAGGCUCAUUUUCUUCCGUACCAUCAAUCUUUUCUCCAAGUUUGGAGCAUUUCCAGUCUUUGUCACUGAUGGAACUCCAUCACCACUGAAAUCGCGGGCAAGGAUUGCAAGAUUCUUUCAUGCUUCUGGCAUUGAUUUGUCAGAUUUGCCUGUGGCUGAAGAGGGUGUUUCAAUUGAGAGGAAUACAGCAUUUUCAAAGUGUGUUCAAGAGUGUGUGGAACUGCUUGAGCUAUUUGGUAUGCCUGUAGUAAAAGCAAAAGGAGAGGCUGAAGCACUGUGUGCACAGUUGGACAGUGAGGGUUACGUAGAUGCAUGUGUCACAGCUGACAGUGAUGCAUUCCUCUUUGGGGCUAAAUGUGUGAUAAAAUUUGUUCGGCCCAAUUCCAAAGAACCAUUUGAAUGCUACCAUAUGUCAGAUAUUGAAGCCGGUCUUGGGUUAAAGAGGAAACACUUGAUAGCCAUCUCUCUUUUGGUUGGAAAUGACCAUGAUUUAAAUGGGGUGCAAGGCAUUGGGCUUGAUACUGCUCUACGUUUUGUACAAGCUUUUUCUGAAGAUGAGAUAUUGAAUAGGUUACAUGAAAUAGGCACUGGAGAUAGUCCAAUAUUUCAAGGUGCUAUAAAAUCUUUAGAUGAUUGUGUACCUGUCUCGAGUGAGAGCUCACUGAAGAUAAAAUGUUCUCAUUGUUCCCUCUGUGGACAUCCUGGCAGCAAGAGAGCUCAUCUUAAGUCUUCUUGUGAAUACUGCAGUACUAGUAAUGGUGAGGGUUGCAUGAAAAAACCGGAGGGGUUUAAAUGUGAUUGCUCCUCCUGUGAUAUGGAUCGGAGAGAAAAGGAACAGAAGAAGCAAGAAAAUUGGAGAAUAAAAGUUUGCAACAAGAUAGCUAUGGAGUCAAAUUUCCCCAAUGAUGAGAUUAUUAAAAUGUAUUUGUGCAGCAACCAUGGUGAUUUUAGUGAAGUUGGUCCUUGCAUAUCAUGGGGAAGCCCGAAUACUGAAAUGCUUGUUGAUUUCUUAGCUUUUCAUCAGCACUGGGAGCCAUCCUACAUUCGGCGGAUGAUGCUUCCUAUGUUGUCCACCGUGUUCUUACGAGAAAUGGCAAUAAAUCCUGUAAAAACUUUGUUACAUGGGCAGUAUGAGUUUGACUCUAUACAGCGUCUGAAGAUAAGACAUGGGCAUCAAUUCUAUGUGGUCAAGUGGAAAAAAGCUGUGCCUGCCCUGGGCAGUAUUAUGAAUUCAAUCCUUUCUGAGGAGUCUGAUAUGCAACAAGAUGUUGUGGAUGUUGAUGAAUCUCUUGAUUUAGGGGAUGAGUCUGAGGGCCCCAGGAUUCAUGUUGAGGAGGGUAGCUGCUACCUUUUGACAGAUGAAAAUAUGGACAUUGUUCGGGCUGCUUUUCCAGAAGAAGUUGACAGAUUUUUGCAUGAAAAGGAAUUAAAAGAAUCCAAACGAAAAAAGAGUUCAAGCUUAAGAUCUGAAGGGACAAAUGAAAAGUCAGAAUUAAAAAGUUCACGAGGUGUCCAACUAAGUAUUACUGAAUUCUACCGUUCAACCAAAGUUCAAAUUCAGUUAAAACCAGGAGAAGAUCUACCGAGGGUUUCUGAUAGUCAGGGUGAUGGGACCUCAAAAGAGAAGAGAAAAGUGUCAAAUCCAAAUCUUUCCAAGUCUGUUAGGCGUCGCCUUUUGUUCAAGUAGGAUAAUUUAAGAUUUAGGGUCCCCUUGCUUUUAAGCUAGGCUGAGGGAUAUUUUUGUAAGUAUCUAGGUUUACGUAUUGUAGGAUGGCUCUCAAUGUUUUCUCCAAGCAAAACAAUGUUGCUUCUUUUGAGUUUGUAUAAAGUAAACAUUUUUCUCUUUUUAAGUUGCUAUCCUUCUCAAAUGUAAAUGGUUUGUUUUUCCAACUAUAGAUCUUAUUGAAAUCCAGGUGAUAUUGUGUUA